UAUUCAUUUCAUUAAAAAAUAACUAUAUACAAUAGAAAACCAAGAAAAAACACAAAUCAAAAUAAAAUGAAUAUAUAAAAGAUAUAGUCAUGUUCUCUUGUUUGUCCUGUACAUAACUUGCUCUAGAUUUGAUGAGACUUGGUUUUAUUUGUUUAAAAGUGUUUUUAAUUUGUAAUAAUAGCAGCCCAUUUCUUAGAGGAUUUUAAAAUAAAAUGGUUAGAAUUUAUUAAUAUUAAUAAUGUUAAUAUUUAUAAAAAAUUGACAUAAUGUAAGAAAUAUAGUCAUGUUCUCUUGUUUGUUCUGUACAUAACUCCAACCCUUUUUGUCCAUAUAAAAUGUUUCACUUACACACAAGGAGGAAAUCAAGUAGGUGAUAGUUUAUUUUUGCAAAGCCAAAGGAUUACUAUAACUGAAAUGUUAACAUUUUGUAAUAAUAUUGCCAUAUCUCUAAUGUUAAUUGUAUUAAAGUUGUUCAUAUCUUUUGUUUUAAAGCUUUCAGGCUUGGAUCCAAGGUCCUGUGCCAUUUUUCUUUGUCUUGAACUCAUCAUUACUCCUCUCAUGGCUGCAUCCCAUGUUUAGAGAUUUGCUUUUGUCUAAAUUAAGGAAUUGGCUGCGGAAGGACUAAGUUUUGGAACUGAGAAUAGGAUAUGGACCAUUUCCACAGCCAUUUGUGAAAAGCAAGAAGUGAACUUACAUUCUACAGUUGCUCCUGUUCUGUGUCAGCAGUGCCACCCACUCAAACAACAUGUCUGACGGCCGCAUCUAUGUUGGGAACCUCCCUGUGGAUGUUUCGGAGAGAGACAUUGAGGAUCUCUUCUACAAAUAUGGAAAAAUCCGUGAAAUUGAAUUGAAGAAUAAUAGAGGGAUCAUUCCCUUUGCCUUCAUCAGUUUUGAAGACCCGCGGGAUGCAGAUGAUGCUGUUUAUGGAAGGAAUGGAUAUGAAUAUGGGAACACCAAGCUGCGUGUGGAGUAUCCACGAGCCAAUACUGGAAAACCUGGUCCCAUGGCAGGCGGUGCUGGAGGUGGACAAAGAGGAAGGUUUGGACCCCCGACUCGGAGAUCUGAAUUCCGGAUCAUAGUGACUGGGUUACCCCCAUCUGGGAGCUGGCAGGAUCUGAAAGAUCACAUGCGAGAAGCAGGAGAUGUUUGUUUUGCAGAUGUGCAGCGAGAUGGAGAGGGCGUAGUGGAAUAUAUCCGCAGGGAGGACAUGGAGUAUGCUGUACGCAGAUUGGAUCGGACCGAGUUUCGUUCACAUCAGGGUGAGACCUCUUACAUCCGUGUGUAUGAAGAUCGAAGUAGUUCCAACUGGGGCGGUGGCCAGGCACGCUCUCGCUCCAGAUCCAGAGGUCGCUACUCUCCUCCCUAUUUUAACAGAGGGUCUCCCCCUCCUCGCUAUCAGUCACCUCCACGCCAGGCUAUGCUACGCCAUAGUCCACCUCCCAGGAGGCACCUGAUGCCGCAUCACAGCCCACCUCCACGCCAUUUUCGAUAGAGAGCUCCUCACAUUUACAUAACGUGGAAGAAAUGUUUUGCAGUUCUGCAUUUUAUCUUUUUUUUUUUUUUUUUUUUAUAAAACCUCAGGCCUCUUUGUAAGAUGCAGUGAAAUGUCUUCAUCCAUACAUUCCAGGCCAGGAAUCCCACAUCAUCCUGCUCCUCCCCACAGCCUUGAGGUUAUUACAUUUAACACCCAUGCUUAACCUGAAAGCAGGAUUGUAUUUAGAUCCUCCUACCCAGUCGUGCUAAUCCUGGUCCUCCAGGACCACUACCCUGCAUGUUUUAGUUGUUUCCCUGCUUCUUUUUGCAGAAACCUGUUAGGUCACCCUUUCGUUCAGAUCAUGUGUGUUGGAAGCAGAGAAACCUCUAAAACCUGCAGGAUAGUGGCCCUCGAGGACCAAGAUCUGGCACCCCAGUUCUAACCCCUUAAAUGUUUUUUUUUUUAAUAAUAAUUAUUAGUUGUGACAGAAAUCACAGUGCUCUUGUCGUUUUUGAAAACAAAUUACACAAAUCUGUAUCAGACUGCUCGAUGAUGUUCAAGUUAAUUUUUACAAGUUUGAAUUACUCUUAAAUAGCGCUUCAGUUCUCAAGUUUAAACCUGUGAAGUUAAUCAAUAAAAAUUAGCGAGCCUUUUUACUUCUGAUUGUAAACCUUGUUUUUUUUAUUUGUAAGUUAAUUGAGGUGACCUGUAGGUGGAAUAUAAUUUGUAUUUUUUUUUCUUUACCAAUAAAAAGUAAACUUUUA